AUGUCUACAUCGCCCUUCGACAUGGACGCCGUCUGGAACGACCAGCAAGUCCCUCCGCAACUCGAACUCGGGGAGUACGGCCCUCUGGAUCCCAACGCUUUCCCGCUCUCUCAGAAUGGUGUGAAUGGCUCCGCAGCUCAUCGCCAGAUGUCGUCGUCGAGCCACAACGGAGCCUUCCAGCAGUUCGACUCAUCAUUCGCGCCGAAUGGACAACAGGGCUUUAACUUCACCGUACAACCGCCUCAUGCGUCCACUAUGGACGGUACCCAAGCGUUCUUCCAGCCCCGCGGCUCCCCCGGCGCCGCCCAGCAGCAGCCGCAACACCAACACCAACAGUUCCCAGGCCAGGCCCAUAUGUUUGCAGGCUCACCCAAUCUGGGCUUCCAGCAGGAUGGGUCUAUUUAUGGGCAGUACAACUCUACACAGACACAAAGCCCAUACGUCGGGGCCGGCUCAUCGCAUGGCGGGUCUUACAACUCUCCACCUGCUCCGUUCUCCUCAUCCUUCCAUCCACCGUAUCACCAUGGGCAGAUCGAUGUCAGUGCCAGAGCUGAGAAGAGGCUGCGGCCGAACGACUACGACGAGCUUAUUCAAGAGGAGAAGGAGGGUGGUCCGGGCAAGGCUGAUGCCGCAAAUAAGCGACCAGCAUGCACGCGCUGCAAGGGUUUGAAGGUCAAAUGUGAACCAUCGCUGGAGGAUCCCGACACCUGCAAGCGAUGCUACCGCAGCGGCGGCGAGUGCACGAUCCCUGGCCGCAAAAAGCGCCAGCCUCCUCCGAAGCGCGAGCUGCUAUUGAACCAGAUUCGUGAACAGGCAGAGAAGAUCAAGACGCUUAUGUCCGAGCUCGAGGAGGCGAACAAGCGGAUGCGGAUGGCGCAGGCCACCUCCGUGUCGAGUGCGCCGUCGCCCACGUCGACGACGGAUUUCUCGUUCAUCUCCAUGUCCGACUCGCGGCUCAUGUCGCCCGAGCUCGACGACGGGGCGUCCUCGCAGGCCUCGGUGCGCACGAACGCGGACGUGCAGGACUGGAUCGCCAAGGCGCGCGAGUCCAUCCAGGCGUUCGACGGGUACAUCAACAUGGGCGGCCCCAGUGUCAAGCGCGGCGACCUUGUGGCGGAAGAGGAGGGCAGCGAUCCGGAGAACGAGCAGCAGGACGACGACGAGGAGUAUGCGGUGACGGUCGAGGAGGCCGACGAGGACGUCAGCGGCGAGGAGGACCGCAUGAGCGCGGCCCGCCGCUUGUCGGACAACUCUGAUACCGCCCCCAGAAAGGAGCGGCUCGCAACGAUCGCGACGAUUCCCAGCCCGGCAGCGCCGUUUGGGCUGAUGGCGAAGAUGAGCCUGCGGAACAGCCCGGGACUGAGAAGGAUUAAAUCGAAGAGCAGCAUGGGGGGCGAGGACGAUGAGGAAGAGGAAGUCGGUCUUGCAAACCCCGACUUCUUCCGUGCCAGUUCUGCUCCGGAGAAAGCACCGGCUCAGAACGACGUGCCUCACAUCCUCCGUAGCGGUCUGAUCACGAUCGAGGAGGCAGAGAAGCUGAUCAAGAUAUACUGGGACUACAUGAACCUGUCUGUCAGCCUGCUGGACCCUGUCAUUUACACGAUGGAAUAUCUCGUCGUGCACAGCCAUUUCCUGUUCACCGUCAUCUGCGGUAUUGCAUCAAGGUUCUAUACCGAGAAGCCUGGGCUCUACCAGAAGGCAAUGCAUUACGCCCGGCUCGCGGCGGGUACCGCACUCAUCGGAGGGCAGAAGUCCGUGGAUGUCGUGCACGCCUAUAUCCUUCUUGCGCUGUAUCCUGUCCCUUCAAGGAAGUGGGAGGAUGACCGCAGCUGGAUCUAUCUGGGUGUCGCUAUACGGAUAGCAACAGACUUGAAUUUGCACCACCCGAUCACCGCAAAACCGCGCGAUGAGAUGCACGCUCGCGCCAUGUUGAACCGUACGCGCGUGUGGCUCAACUGCUUCAACCUGGAUCGCUCGACGAGCUCACAGUACGGCAAGGCACCGAUCAUCAACAACGACGAUUAUGUCGCGAAUCGUUCGGGCGAGUGGUGUGACAGUUCGCCGUACAACAUGCCUGGCUUUGACAUCCACCUCGCCUGCUACAACGCGGAUCUCACCAUCAUGGGUCGCUUCCGCAACAUGGUGAACAGCGAUAAGAACAGCCCGACGGGCUUCAACAAAAAUCUCGACAUCGCGGAUAUUGCGAGCAAGUUUGACGACGAGCUUGCGCAGACGUGGAGCGUGUGGAUCAAGCGUGUCCGUGAGCAUACGGACCCGAACGACCCGCAGUGCAAGUUCCGUACUGGGCUGCUUCGGCUGGCAUACAGUUAUGCUCGCACGACGGUCUUGUCGUGGGGCUUCCAGUAUGCAUUUGGCAAGAGCAACCUCGGCCGUGAUGUGGACCUGCUUAAUAGGUGUCUACGCGCCGCCAUGGAUGUCUUAGCAUCUAUACUCGACGAGAUUGCUGUCCCAGAGCAAAAGAUCUUCCUUCGCCAUGGCCCCGAGGCGCAAAGUGUCUUCGUGACGUUCGCCUGCGCCUUCCUCAUCAAGCUCCUUCAGCCCCGUUAUGCUUCCUACCUCGAUCGUAACCAGCGCCAACAGAUUCGCGAUCGCGUUCAGCAGAUCAUCGACCUUCUCGGUUCUCCUGAGGUUGCCAUUGACGACCAACACAGCCCGAAGCUCUAUUCGCGUUUUCUGAAGGGUCUGCUAGACAAAGCCGCCGCGCGGCUCGACCGUUCCCCGGGCCCGCAUAGGAAGCAGCUCAAGGCUAAGUCCGAAUCGCCGAUGGUGCAGAAGAUCGAGCUACACGACGGGAGCCUGUACUCCAGGCAAUCCUCGUCCAACCCUCCCAGCGCUAGACCAUCGCUGUCUCCCGAGCCAGAGGUACGGUCCCCUGGGCUCCUGGAUUCCUAUCUGCCCUCGCCACUCACACACGAGCCGGACAUUAUGGCGAUGGACUCUUCUCCGUUCUUUGCCCCCCCUCUGCCGUUCAACGAGCUCUUGCCGUCUAUGGCUGAUUCGUCGAUGCUGGGUGUUCCUGGCUUCGCCUGGAUGGGUUCGCAACAAAAUGACUUCCAACUAGGCUUCUUCUCUAAUAUCUCCAGUUCUUGA